ACGGCCAUAGGGUUUUGUGGAAUUUUCCGGGAAAGAAAUUUCCGACGAGAAAAUGGACGAGGAAAUGCAAUUGCAAGUUUCUCUCGACAAGCUCCCGAUAAAGCGAUUGGAAUCCAUCGAAGAAAAUGGAAUCGAACGAUUCCCUUCAGAUGUUGAUUACGAUGAGAAGCGACUCUCCUUAAUCAGGAGAAUUGACUUCGCUUGGGCCGUUGAGAACGACGAGGACAAGAAAAGGCAGAAGAAGAGCUCAAAGGAGACCUCAACACCAUGGCAAUGGCAGAGCAUGGUGGAGAAUUUGCAGUUGGCUCAUCAGGAGCUCUCUGUCAUAAUAGAUCUCAUCAACACUGUGGAAGCAAACGAUGCAGUAACUGUGGCAAGCAUGACAAAGCCAAAACUAUUACCAAAUGAAGUUUUGUCCGACCUUGCUGUAUGUGCAGCCACCAAGCUGCAAUGCUACCGUCACGUUGGGAAAUAUUUCAAGCAAUCUGCAAAGGCUUUUGAACAGCAGGUUGCUCGGGAAGCUAGGUUUUAUGGUGCCCUUAUCAGGUUGCAGCAAAAUUGGAAAGUUAAACGGCAACGUCAGGCAGCUAUAGUUCCAGGGAAUGAAGGCUUCACCUUUGAUCUCUUUGAUAACUUGUAUGACCAAGCAGCUAUAAUUCGGUCAUCAUCUAUGUCCACUGUUCGCGUCAAUCAUGAUGCAGCUGGAAUGCUGGCAAUAAACAUGCCUCCCAAUUUAUGCCAUUCUCUCCAAUUCGGUUUUGUUGGUGCACAAUCAGAUUACUUACAGAGGAAAUCCAAUGAAAACAAAUCCCACUUUUCAGGCGAUCAUCAUUUUGGAGAAACCGGCCAAGAGUCUUUAAGUGAUGAAGAGUGUGUUAAAAAAACACAUUCCCUCCUUCGUGAAGCACAUAAAGCAAUUUUCAACGAGCAGGUGUUUGAUCUUGUGAAUCGUGAGGCAUUUAACACAUCUAUGGGUGUCAGUGUGACUGGAAUCCGGGAAAAUUAUUUACAGUUAAGCUUAGGUCAAGGAACCUCUGUGUACUUAUCACUAGUGUCCUCUAGUCAAGAUCAUCCGACAGUUGAAGGUGAACUCACCAAUAAUGUAGAAAAUGCAAUUUUACCAUUGGAAUCAUCUGAUGGGAUGAAGUUUGAUGACAAACAGAACACUCCUAAGAAGAAAGGGCAGUUUUCCAAUUCUACCUGCUAUGAGAUAUACAUUCAUCAGAUUUUUCACGAACAUAUGUUUGGAAGAGGCAGUGAAAAAACAAUUUCCUCUGGUAGUCGUUUAAGUGGUGUACAGACAAAGGAUGGGUCCAGUCUUCUUGGUCAUUUUUUUACGUCUUUGGCUCAUAGGAUCUUUUCAAGUAAAGUUCUUGCAGAGCUGGAAAAUGUGGUAUGCAAGGUCCCAUAUCUCCAGCUGAUUUCUAAUCCCACAUGGCAUUCUCGGGCGUCAUCAUGGACACUCUUCAUGGAUGUUCCUCAGUCCAUUCUUCGUGGUUGCCAAAUCAAAACAUCAGAUUAUUGUGAGAAAAAUGCUAUCAAGCGUCAGCGGCAGUUUUGGACUAAGGUGGUGGUAAACGAUGAUUGCAUCAAUGUUAAAGGAGAAGGUUCUCCUGAUGUUGCUGGCCUGUUCAAGGGAAAGCCUGAGGAAACUCACUCAAUAAACAAAUAUGACUGCAACUUAGCUGAUCUUCCUGUGAUUAUUUUGCAGCAGGUUGCAAGUCAAAUUAUUAACUGGCUCUAUCAGGAAGCUCUGACGGUUGGGAUAAAGGCAAAUCGGGAUUUCUUGUGCUUAUCUUUUGAGCUGGAGCAGGGUGAAACACUCGGCCUGGUUGCACAUGUGGAUCCAGACGAUAGUGAAGGCUGUAUAUCUUGGUGGUUGGUCAUGGAGGACAGUUUUGCAGAGGAGCAAAAGCUUCAUAUGAACAUCAACGAUGGUGCAUCUGAAUAUAGGAAAUUCCUAGGCCAUUUGUCUCUUGAUUUGCUAUAUGCAACGCUGAUCGACUUAGUUGGUUUGUGUAGUGGUGGCGGCGGCCAAUGAAGUUAUAUUGCUUGUGUUUUGUUGCACCAGUCAAGUGGAAGAUCUUCGAGGUCUCUAAGCCAACCAUCAGACGUUGGAUUCGAUGUCUCUGUCUCUUUUUUUAUUUCAUGUUCCUUCCACUUCAACUGUUUUUCUUUGUCUAUUUAAGAAAAAAUAAUAAUAGAGGGAACUUGAAAAUAAAAAUUGAGAUGAAGAGAAAAAAAUGUUAAAAAUAUUUAUUUUUUUUCUAGAGUUUUCUUAUUUUCAUUUGGAUAUAUUAAAUAUUUUAUUUGGAUAUCUAACAGACUAACACGAGAAUUUAAAAUUUCUUUUUUCAUUGGAUAAUUUUUCUCGCGGAAUGAAGAAUUUGAAAUAACAUCUUAUUAUGAAGAAUUUUAAAUUUCUAUCCUGAUUCCAACAGGUUCUUCAGCUUAAUCAUCACUUUCGAAAGAGAAAACGUUGAGAAAUCUCCCGGUACCGAUGAAGUAGACAUAGAAAGUGUUGAAGGCAUGGGUGGCGAUGGAUCUAGGUGACUGCAGAUAUUCAUUGCCUUCGUUGGGGAGAUGUCGGAGCUUGGUCAUAAGCUAAAGAUCAAGUUGAUAUCCUUGGUCCAUCUUUGACAUCGACAAAAAAAUGCAUUUGACUUUUGAUUGUUAUUCCUUGUGUUUAUUGUGCUUAGCAAGGAUGGAUCCAACAUAAUGGCGAGGGUUUAGAAUCCUCUUGGGAAUUAAUUUAACGGGCGUUUGGUUGAGGAGAAAUUUUUUGAAUGCUAGAGAAAUGUAAUUACUAGGAAAAUGGUUGGAAAAUGAGUUUGAUAGAAAAAUGUAAAAAAAAUUGUUUAGUUGACCGAAAUAUU